UGAAUGAAAAAUCGUAAUUCUGAUUUAAUCUGGUUUUGACCUAAACUGACCCAGAACAGCCCUCAGCAGCCUACAGAGGCUGAGCGCUCUUCUGAUUAUCACACCACGUCUCUUCUCAUCAGGUGGCAGUGAUUACCUCUGUGCGUUUGUGUAAUCUUAAUCUCUGCUUACCUUGCAUCUGCCUGUUUAUAUUUAUUUGACUGUGUGAGUGGUUUAUCAUGUCUGACGCUGAAGGAAAGAGGUCUGAGGAAACGCCUCAGGCAGAAACUUAUGCCCCUCCUGAUCCACCCCAGUCUCCUCUUUCUCCUCUAGAGCAAGCACUGCUGAUUGCAGAGGAAGCUAGGCGAAAAGUGGAUGAACAAAUCACCAAGCUGAGGAAGGAGAAAGCAGAGGCUGAGGAGGCAGGGAGACAGGAGGAAAGGAUAAGACAGUUGUUAGUAGAGGUACAAAAGGUUGUUGAUAGUGGGACUGCCAGUGGGUACAAUAAGAGUAUUGCUGAGAUGGUCAUCUUGAAUGACACCCUUGGCAGAUCUUAUUUUUCCAACUCACCUGCUGGUUCUCAUGUAUCCACCCCUUCUGUUGCUUCUGGUACAUUUGUGCAGCGAGGGCCCAAGCUGACACCACCUCCUAUGUACUCUGGGGAAGACCCCAAGGUGGAUGUAUCAGACUGGGUCACCGCUAUGCAAGCAUACCUGGGCAGCUUCACAUUCCCAGAAGCAACAAAGGUGGGAACCAUUCUUGGCCGGUUGGAGAGGUCUGCACUGAAAUGGUGCACCUCCUCUGCAACCAAAGAGAAUGUUGCUAUGGAUAGGUGGGGACAACAGCUGGGGGUGGCAGGGUUGCUGAAGGCGCUGCAAGACCGGUUUGCUGACAGGGAGCAGACCCGCAAAGCAGCUGCUAAAAUUAUGCUGCUAGGGUCCCAUAGAUUUGAGGGCUCUCUGUCCAAGCUCUACAGUCUCUUUGAGAGCUUGACAUCUACCCCUGGUUUGGAGAUGAGUGAGUCCGACCAGCUCACCCAUUUCCUGCAUGCAGCCCCUCCAGACUACUCUAUUGCUUUGUAUGCUCAGGGCCAUAAGGACUGGAGGUCCUUUGGCAAAGCGGCACUGGACCUGGAGUCUCGGCUCAAGGUUCAGACUCCUUCUGAAGGAAGGAAGAGGCCUACCUCCCAGGGACAGCGCAGGAGGAAAGGCGCUCUGUUGGCUGCUGAUGCAGGUUCUGAUUCUGAUGCAUCUCAGCGUGGCAGUCCUCCAUCUGAGACUGCAUCAGGAUCAGCAGUGGAGCCAGCCGUUCUUGCCCUGGCUGAGAACCUUGCUGCCAUGUUUAAGGGAAAGUUCAGCAAAGACAACAGCAAGGGUUCAGCCAGCCAAAAGGGGAAAGGGAAGGGACGUGCCACUUCCCCUCAGGCCCAGAGACCUAAUCUUCCACGAGACGUCCAUUGGCCAGUCAACGUCAUGGACCCUUCCACCCUUCCCUGGAGAGCGCUCAGGAUCCAGGAAGGGCAGUGGCAGAGGAGGAAGGACCGUGAGGGUUGCACAAUCUUCAACAAGAUCGAUCUCAAAUUUGGCUACCACCAGAUUGAGAUGGCUGAAGGCGAUGUCCACAAGACUGCCUUCAAGACCAGGUACGGCACUUAUGAGUACCUGGUCAUGCCUUUCGGUCUUUGCAAUGCCCCCGGCACGUUCCAGACAGAGAUGCAUCGCAUACUUAGGCCUUACCUGGACAGGUUUGUAGUUGUAUACCUGGAUGACAUCCUGGUAUUCAGUCGAUCUGUCAAGGAGCAUGCGCAGCAUCUGGCUCUAGUUCUGCAGGCACUACAUGAAGCCCAGUAUAAGACCAAUAGGGAAAAGUCCUCCUUUGGGGUGACUUCUGUGACUUAUCUGGGACAUGUAAUCUCUGGGGAAGGGUUGGCUCCUGAAGCGCCAAAGAUUGCUGCGAUUCAGAACUGGCCACAGCCUACCACAGUUCGUGAUGUCCGGUCAUUCUUGGGCCUUGCAUCAUACUACAGGAAGUUCGUUAAGAACUUCUCUGCUAUUGCUGCACCCCUGACUGAUCUCACAAAGAAAGAUACCCACUUUCUUUGGACAUCAGACUGUCAGCAGGCUUUCACACGCCUCAAGGAGGCCUUGAUGCGUGCACCUGUUCUGAAGCUACCUGACCCUACGUUGCCUUUCGUACUAACUUCUGAUGCUAGUCAGUAUGGGGUUGGGGCGGUACUUCAGCAGGAUGGUGGGCAUGGUCUGCAACCAGUUGAGUAUAUGAGUAAGAAGAUCAAGGUCAAGAAGCUGCAGGAUUCCACGUACGAGAAAGAGCUGUAUGCUCUCGUGUUAGCGUUGAAGCAUUGGAAGCAUUUCCUCAUGGGCCGGCGUUUUCAGAUCUUUUCUUAUCACUCCACCUUACAGUGGAUGAAGACCCAGGGGGAACUAAAUGACAAGCUUGCGCGCUAUAUUCAGUUCAUUGAUCUCUUUGAUUUUGAACUGAAACACCAGAAGGGAUGCUACAAUCGUGUGGCAGACGCCCUUUCUCGUAGGCCUGAAACUGUCUGCAUGAUCUCCUCUACUCAUACCUUUGGGAGAACACCCGUCAGACCAUUGCCCAGCUAUUGCCACAAGACCCGACUUUUGGCCGAGUUGUUAGGAAUCUGCAGACUGAUCCUGCUUCUGAACCUGGGUACAUUCUGGUUUCAGAUCUGUUGUACACUUGCAGCAGAGGAGAGGAGCAUUUGUGCAUCCCUCAGGACCGCCAGCUGAGAACACUCAUGAUGUCUGAGUGUCAUGAUGCUCGCGGCCACUUUGGGGCCUUAAAGUCG